GGCUUCCUAGGAGAGGGCAAACACAAGAGGAAGUAAGUUUCCUGAACCUUUCAGAUGGCUGUGCAUUAAUUAAAGGCCAGCACGGGACGGGUAAUUCUCAGUCAGGCUCCGAGUUGUUCCUGAGACCACAGUUCAUCGCACGUUUUCUCUGGAGGGAGUGAGUAGAUAAUUGGGAUUUUUUUCCCUUUAUUUUUUUUUCUCCCCAUCUCCGUUUUGAUCCCAUGGCCUUGAACUCACAGUGAAUUGAAGAAAGAAAGAAAUGGAUAUGUCUGACCCCAAUUUCUGGACUGUGCUCUCAAACUUUACUUUACCUCAUUUGAGGAGUGGGAACAGGCUUCGGCGCACACAAAGUUGCCGAACAAGCAACCGGAAGAGUUUGAUAGGCAAUGGCCAGUCUCCAGCAUUGCCUAGACCACACUCACCUCUCUCUGCUCAUGCAGGAAAUAGCCCUCAAGACAGUCCAAGGAAUUUCUCCCCCAGUGCCUCAGCCCAUUUCUCAUUUGCGAGGAGAACGGACGGGCGCCGCUGGUCUCUGGCUUCUCUCCCCUCCUCAGGCUAUGGGACAAAUACACCAAGCUCCACCGUCUCUUCAUCCUGUUCCUCCCAGGAGAAGUUGCACCAGUUACCAUACCAGCCAACACCAGAUGAAUUACACUUCUUGUCCAAACACUUCUGCACAACAGAAAGCAUCGCCACUGAGAACAGGUGCAGAAACACGCCCAUGCGUCCGCGGUCCCGGAGUCUCAGCCCUGGACGUUCCCCCGCCUGCUGUGACCAUGAAAUAAUUAUGAUGAACCAUGUCUACAAAGAAAGGUUCCCAAAGGCUACGGCUCAGAUGGAAGAGCGUCUAAAGGAAAUCAUCACCAGCUACUCUCCAGACCAUGUUCUCCCCUUGGCAGAUGGCGUGCUCAGCUUCACUCAUCACCAGAUCAUUGAGCUGGCUCGGGACUGUCUGGAUAAAUCCCACCAGGGUCUCAUCACGUCCAGAUACUUUCUUGAAUUGCAGCACAAACUGGAUAAGUUGCUACAGGAGGCUCACGAUCGCUCUGAAAGUGGAGAACUGGCAUUUAUUAAGCAGCUAGUCCGAAAGAUCCUAAUUGUCAUUGCCCGUCCCGCUCGGUUAUUGGAGUGCUUGGAAUUUGAUCCUGAAGAAUUUUAUUACCUAUUGGAAGCUGCAGAAGGCCAUGCCAAAGAAGGCCAGGGAAUCAAAACUGACAUUCCCAGAUACAUCAUCAGCCAGCUGGGACUCAAUAAGGACCCCUUGGAAGAAAUGGCUCAGUUGGGGAAUUACGACAGUCGGACAGCAGAGACACCAGAGACGGAUGAAUCAGUGAGUAGCUCAAAUACUUCCCUGAGACUUCGAAGGAAACCCCGAGAGAGUGAUUUUGAAACAAUUAAACUGAUCAGCAAUGGAGCCUAUGGGGCAGUCUACUUUGUUCGGCAUAAAGAAUCUCGGCAGAGGUUUGCCAUGAAGAAGAUCAACAAGCAGAACCUCAUCCUUCGGAACCAGAUCCAGCAGGCCUUCGUGGAACGUGACAUCCUGACUUUUGCAGAGAACCCCUUUGUGGUCAGCAUGUAUUGCUCCUUUGAAACAAGGCGUCACUUAUGCAUGGUCAUGGAAUAUGUGGAAGGGGGAGACUGUGCGACCCUAAUGAAAAACAUGGGACCUCUUCCAGUUGACAUGGCUAGGAUGUAUUUCGCAGAGACAGUCUUGGCCUUGGAGUAUCUGCAUAAUUACGGAAUCGUACACAGGGAUUUGAAGCCAGACAACCUGUUGGUCACCUCCAUGGGGCACAUAAAGCUGACUGACUUUGGCUUAUCUAAGGUGGGAUUGAUGAGCAUGACCACCAAUCUCUACGAAGGUCAUAUUGAGAAGGACGCUCGAGAGUUCUUAGAUAAACAGGUCUGUGGUACACCUGAAUACAUCGCCCCCGAGGUGAUUCUGAGACAGGGCUAUGGGAAACCCGUGGACUGGUGGGCCAUGGGCAUUAUCCUCUAUGAAUUUCUGGUUGGAUGUGUGCCUUUCUUUGGGGACACUCCAGAAGAGCUAUUUGGACAAGUCAUCAGUGAUGAAAUCAACUGGCCUGAAAAGGAUGAGGCCCCUCCUCCAGAUGCUCAGGAUCUGAUUACUUUGCUGCUCAGGCAGAAUCCGCUGGAGAGGCUGGGAACAGGUGGCGCCUAUGAAGUGAAGCAGCAUCGCUUCUUCCGCUCCUUAGACUGGAACAGUUUGCUGAGACAGAAGGCGGAAUUUAUUCCCCAACUGGAAUCUGAGGAUGACACAAGUUAUUUUGAUACUCGGUCAGAGAAGUAUCAUCACAUGGAGACAGAGGAGGAAGAUGACACAAACGAUGAAGACUUCACUGUGGAGAUAAGGCAGUUUUCUUCCUGUUCACACAGGUUCUCAAAAGUUUUCAGCAGUAUAGAUCGAAUAACUCAAAAUUCAGGAGAAGACAAAGAUGAUUCCGAGGACAAGACCAAAAGCACAACUUUGCCAUCCACGGAGACCCUCAGCUGGAGUUCCGAAUACUCUGAAAUGCAACAGUUAUCGACAUCCAACUCUUCAGAUACUGAAAGCAACAGAUGCAAACUCAGCUCUGGCCUGCUUCCCAAGCUGGCUAUCUCGACAGAAGGAGAACAAGAUGAGGCUGUCCCUUGCUCUGGGGACCCCAGAGAGGAGCCAGAGAAACCUGUUCUUCCUCCUGAGGAGUGUACUCAGGAGGAGCCUGAGGUCACCACUCCAGCCAGCACCAUCAGCAGUUCCACACUGUCAGAUAUGUUUGCUGUAUCUCCAUUGGGAAGUCCAAUGUCCCCACACUCCCUGUCUUCAGACCCUUCUUCUUCGAGGGAUUCCUCUCCCAGCCGAGAUUCUUCUGCAGCAUCUGCCAGUCCCCAUCAGCCCAUCGUGAUCCACAGUUCAGGAAAAAACUAUGGAUUUACUAUCCGAGCCAUCCGCGUGUACGUGGGGGACAGUGACAUCUACACGGUACACCAUAUCGUCUGGAACGUAGAAGAAGGAAGUCCUGCAUACCAGGCAGGACUGAAGGCUGGGGAUCUGAUCACACACAUCAAUGGAGAGCCGGUUCAUGGACUCGUCCACACGGAAGUUAUCGAGCUCCUGCUGAAGAGUGGGAAUAAGGUUUCAAUCACCACUACCCCAUUUGAAAACACAUCAAUCAAAACGGGACCAGCCAGGAGAAACAGUUACAAGGGCCGGAUGGUGAGACGAAGCAAGAAGUCCAAGAAGAAGGAAAGUCUAGAAAGGAGGAGAUCUCUCUUCAAGAAGCUAGCCAAGCAGCCUUCUCCUUUACUCCACACCAGCCGAAGUUUCUCCUGCUUAAACCGAUCCCUGUCAUCUGGAGAGAGCCUCCCAGGUUCCCCAACUCACAGCUUGUCCCCACGAUCUCCAACACCCAGCUAUCGCUCUACCCCAGAUUUCCCAUCAGGUACAAAUUCCUCCCAGAGCAGCUCCCCAAGUUCAAGUGCCCCGAAUUCUCCAGCAGGUUCAGGGCACAUCCGGCCUAGCACCCUCCAUGGCCUGGCCCCUAAACUCAGUGGGCAGCGAUACCGCUCCGGAAGACGGAAGUCAGCUGGCAGCAUCCCACUCUCCCCGCUGGCCAGGACACCCUCUCCGACUCCACAACCUACCUCUCCUCAGCGUUCACCAUCUCCACUGCUGGGACAUUCACUGGGCAAUGCCAAGAUCACGCAGGCCUUUCCUAGCAAGAUGCACUCUCCCCCGACAAUUGUCAGACAUAUCGUGAGGCCAAAGAGUGCAGAGCCACCCCGCUCCCCACUGCUGAAACGGGUGCAGUCGGAGGAAAAGUUGUCACCCUCCUAUGGCAGUGACAAGAAGCUCCUGUGCUCCCGCAAGCAUAGCUUGGAGGUCACACAAGAGGAGGUGCAGAGGGAACAGUGUCAGCGGGAAGUCACACUGCAGAGCCUGGAGGAGAAUGUUUGUGAUGCACCAUCCCUCAGUCGUGCCAGGCCGGUGGAACAAGGCUGUCUGAAACGCCCUGUAUCCCGGAAACUGGGCAGACAAGAGUCUGUGGAUGACCUGGACCGGGACAAGCUGAAGGCCAAGGUUGUAGUAAAGAAACCAGAGGAGAAAUAUGAAUCCCACCAGAAACCUCACAACCUUGGUGGUGAUUCAGAAAGUUAUGCCCUCUUCAGGCUAGAGGAGAGAGAGAAAAAAGUAUACCCCAAGGGGAUGGAAAGGUCAGGUCAUUUUGAAAACACAUCAGCAGAGUCACCUUCUGUGAGCAGCCUGCUGAAGGACACUCUUCACAAGCAGGCCAGUGUGAGGGCCAGCGAGGGGGUAACCUCAGAUGGGGCAGCUUGCAGCCUGGCACCAGGGGACCACAGCCAAUCUCUAGGUGACUUUAAACGGGCCUCUGCUUCUGGCAUCCUCCAUGAUAGUGUGUGCCCCAUCUCUGACAGGCCUGCUCCUGUAAAGGUUGACUACUCGGAGAAGGUCUCUCAGGCCAAAGAGCUCCUUCGAAGUGAGAAACUAGACAGCAAGCUGGCCAAUAUUGAUUACCUCAGAAAGAAAAUGUCAUUGGAUGACAAAGAUGACAGCCACUGUGCCAUCCUGAAACCCAAGAUAACAUCUAGCACCCAUGAAUGCCUGCCAGGGAACCCCGGACGGCCCAUGGCUGGGCAACAAGAGACCCUGCCAGCCUCUGAGAACCGGGCCUACAUCAACAGUACCCACACAUCUCAGAUGAGUGGUGUUUCCUUUGUUCCUCUCAAAGCCUUAGCUGGCCGGGUAGAGAAUGGAGGAGAAAAACCAGGCUUAGCUGCUCCUGAGUCCCCUGUCAGGAAGAGCCCCUCUGAGUAUAAGCUAGAGGGCAGGUCAGUUUCAUGCCUGAAGCCGAUUGAGGGCACACUGGAUAUUGCUCUCCUGUCUGGACCUCAUGCCUCCAAAACAGAGUUGCCUUCCCCAGAACCUGCACAGAGCCCCAGCCCAGGCAUCAAUGUGGGACUGUCGGUGCCACCAGCUCUUCCCGGUAGCAGUGGGAAAAAAGGAGACUCCACCAGCCUGAGAGAGCCUUCCUCAGCCAACUUAAAAGUGAAUAAACCUUACCUGCUGGAGUCUCGGUUCCUACCCCCGAGCCGGGCUCUCCAGGACUCUCUUACAACUCCUGGGCCAGAACCAAAGUCAAAGCAAGAGAGGAAGGUCAUUCAUUCUUCUGCCAGGAGCACAGCAUCUGUCACAGAGAGCAACCUCCAGCAGAAAGAGGGUGGUCCCACAACACACCAAGACCGCUCCACUGACACCAAGGUCCUCGCUGGCCCAGGGCAGACCCUACACAAUGUGGACCUACCCAGGCUAUGCACACGUGCCCCACUCCCACCAGAAGGGACAUCCUCAAAGGAGAAGCCAGGUCUGAAGGAACCAUCCGCAAAGGUGAAAAGUGAGUCAUCUGCCAUGAGGGAUGAUGGACACAGAGAUCCUUGUGUGAAGCUGUGCCCUGCAGACACUGGUAAAGCCAGUGACAGUUCCAAACCCCUCCCUUCCGGGGGAAGAACCCACCCUGAUUUCUACAAGCCCACCCAGACUUCGGAGAAAGCAUGGGCAUGCACAAAAGCAAACCACAAAGAUAGCCAAGACGAGGUGAAGUCCCUGGCCAGGGAGGACUCAGCUUCACUUCUGUAUGAAAAGGAGAUAGGCCGGGCAAGAAAAGGCCCAGAACCCAAACCAGAUGUUCCCAAACUGGAAGUUCCUGCUAUCCGGUGCCCUCCUCAGCCGCCAGGAAUUGAGGGUGAGAAGCGUGAAAAGCUCUCUGCUGCCGCCUCUUUGCAGAAACAGGCUUCCAAAGAGCCAGACAGGAAGGAACAGGCCCCGCAAAGGUCUGGAGGCAGUGGCCCCCAACAACCCUCAUCCACCAAAGAGCUGUCUAACUCAGCAGCCUGGCAGCAUGGUAGUUCUCCAAGUCACACUUUAAAGAAAGAGCUGGGGGCCAAAACUCCUGCUGCAGAACCAAGCACCAGCCUUCAGGACACUCCUCGAUCUGCUACAGCCACCACCACUGCCAUUGCCACUACUACUACCAGUGCCGGGCACAGUGACUGCAGUAGCCAUAAGUCCCGGCCUGGCCCUGACCCCAGCCCUUCAAAGUCUAAGCAUCAAGACAGGUCCCUCUCCUCACAGAAGCCAAGUGCUGGGUCUGCAAAAGGCAAAGAGCCUGUCACUCAACCCCUAGGUGGUUCCAUCAGAGAUGGCAAGGGUGGUGGCAAGGGCCCAUUGGACAUCUGUUCUGCUGUCCUGUCCACUCAGGGCAAAGCAAGUGAUGUACUUGUGCAGGGAGAAGGGAGAGUCAGUAUCAUGCUCCACACUGAAGGGAGUCCUCUAGAUGCCAAACUGCAAACCACCAAUGGAGGGAGUCCCCCAGAGAUGCAGGAGAAGCAUCUACCCAGACAAGGACAUCCAGGCCUCAGCGAAGCAGCAGACCAGAAGCUUGUCACUGCUGGUGAAAAGCAAAGCCUGUCUCCAAAGCAUCCCAAACCAUCCACUGUGAAAGAUUACCCCAGUCUGUGUAGACAGACAGACAAAAGCCCAAGUCAGCAGGCUACCCCUGGGGACAGGAAGGCAGAAGGAAAGAAAUGCACAGAAGCACUUUAUGUUCCAGCUCCAGAGGGCUACAAGCUGGAGGCCAGCCCUUCCCUCCACCAUGGUGAGUCUGGACUCAAAGGCCCAGAGAGGCCAGCCAUGGGCAUGGGGAAGGGCUUCUCUGAGUCCAAGGGGAAAGGGCCUGGUCCCCAGAAGCCACUGGCUGAAACAGGCAAGCCCAGCGGUAUGAAACGGUCACCCUCUGCCACUGUUCAGAGCUCUCUGCGCUCAGCUGCUCCCCCAGAAAAGUCUCUGAGUUACUCAGCCAGCUUUCCUGAGGCCCAACCUGGAGUGCGAGAGGUCACCGCAGCCAGCAGCAGCCCCUCAUCUGCCAAGGCUAUAGGGGGGACCUCAGAAUUUACAGCCCCCAGCAGCAGGGACCAUAAGAAGCUUCAGUCUGGAGGAGAUGGCCGAAACCAAAUGAUAAAGAGUGACUCUCUGCCCACCUUCCGCCUCUCCAACUCUGCCCUGGAGUCACAUUUGCAGGAUCCACUGGUGCCCAGCCCAGCAGGCCACCGAGACAGGGCACUGUCAGUAACUGCUGCCACAGGAGAACCCAAAGGGAGAGAGCUUACCCAGCCUCCCCCAGUCAGGAAACAGAAUGUGGGCAGGGAGGUGACCAGAGCACCCCCAGCCCCAAGCGCAGAUCGCUCCCUCCCUCUUUCCUCAGAGAAAGACUUCGUGGUUCGGCAGAGAAGGGGUAAGGAGACCUUGCGGAGCGGUCCUUACAAAAAAGCCUCCUAACCUGCAGCUCUGGUGACAGGGCUGUGAGAUCCAGCCCAAGCGUAGCUGUGACUGGGUCUUUGUCACCUUACAAACCAGCACUGUAUGGGAAUGUCCUCCAAGCAGAGCCUGGAGGCUCACCGAGGAUGAGGAGCGACAGAAAAAAAAAAAAGGGAACUUUCUUCCAGAUGCCUUCCCAGUAGUCACCGGUAAAACUGUUGCCAGAUAGUGUUUGUAUAAAACCCGCCUUCCCAGCGGUGUGUGGGUGAGGAAGAGAAUCUCUCUGUACAUAACCUAGCAAUGUGUUUGGUUCGGGAUGUAGAGUGUGUACCUUGCCGCUGACCACUUUGGUGACCGAAGCUUUUCUAAACUGAACAUACUUGUUUUUACCACUUAACCAUAAUGUAGUAAUAAAGCAAAAGUGGUCAGACUUGGGGGGGUGUGAAAAUAGAAACCCACCCGGAACUGCACGUGUACACAUCCACCUGUGUUUUGAUCUGUGGUUUGAGAAUCGUUUCAAGGCUCCAUUUGUAGAAGUAGAGUUAAAGAUGAAAGGAAGCCCUAAAUACAGUAGACGGUGAGGGUUUUUGUGUGUGUGUGUAUAUAUUUAACCAGAAUUUCUGAUCGUACUGAAUCUGGCUACCUGUAUUUCUGAGCUGCUGCAUUUGGACCCCUCCACUAGGAGUGGCCAGGACAGGGGGAGCUGGGCAUCUAUUUCACAGCUCUCAUAGGGGACAUUUUGACCCUCAGGUCCAAGUGGCCAAAAAGACAAUUGUCCUUGUCUCUGGGUUAUAUGUCUGGUCUUCACCGGAAGGCACACAGGGACUAUAAACACACUGCAGGUCAGCUUUCUUUCUUUCUUUCUUUCCCUCCUUUCCAAGCUCUUACCCUCAGGCCUUUAUGCUGUGAGUCCAAGAAGCACAUGUUUAUGGCAGGUGCUGUACCAGCCCUGCCGUUGAGGAAACAGGAAAAAAAUCACUGGCUGCACACAAAUCUGCUAGCCCUUAGGUGGAGCGAUAUGCGUUAGGCAUUGGAAGAGAUUUUAAAUUUGCUUUUGUCAAGGAAAAGGAGGGGGUGGAUUUGGCAUCAUAGCAUAUAUAUUAAAGAAUAAUCAGGACAUCAGAUACAUUUUAAUACAUAGCUGGGGCCUUAUGUUGUAGAUGAAGCUUGCUGUUUUUAGCAAGUUCCUGGGUUUCACAUUCAUCUCUGACGCAUCAAGUAGCUCCGUACAUUUCAUAACACAAUCUCUUUAUUUGUAUGCAAAAAAAAAUUUACUGUAUUAAUAAAGAGCAUCAUUUUGUAACAAAGAGACUGGAGCUAUUUGGUGCUUGAAUGUGAGCAUCGUUUUUACUUUUGCUAAGCCUUAUUUAAAUUUUGUAUACCAUGAAAUAUGUAGAACUUGUCAGAUCAUUUUAGCUCUGAGGGUUUUUCUGGGUUGUUUCUGUUGUUGUGAUGGUCUUUGUUUUGUUUUUUGGUGGGGUUUUUUUUUUUGGUUUGGUUUGGUUCGGUUUGGUUCUGUUUUUUUAACGGCUUGUUUUGAAUUGUAAGAUGGCACUUGCUGACUAAGACACAAUGCGGACACAUUUUUUAUAAGAUGCUUGGGAUCCAUAACAAGACUUUGUUCUAUAAGAGAAAAAAAAAAUUACAAAUGACUAAUGAAUCUAGCUCCAGACCCCUCAGGGGGUGUCCUGGUGUCUGUACACCAUAGGAUUGUUUAUGUGAGCACAGCCCUGUGGAUUGUAAAUCACCUAGCGAGGUUGUAAGCACUCCAGAAACAAAGGCAUCACAUCACCAACUGCUUGGGUUGCCCUUGGUUGCAAAGCCAGUUGGUGAUGGAAAAAGGAAAGGAAAAGGGAGUUUCCACUCCACCCCUGUCUCCCCACCCCCAGUUCCAGCCAUCCCUCCAUCACUACAUUAAAAAACUGUAGAACAAACAUAUUUUUUUACAAGAACUCAAAUGGGUCUCAAAAAAAAAUAAAAAAAAAGAUCUCCAAGCUCACAAUGCAUAUCUGGUUGGCAGAUCUAAUCGCCCAAUCAUUCUCCACUCAGACAUCAGGACAGGUCUGUAGUAGUUCAUGGUUUACAGCCUUUGCUUUUUAACUGUCCGGUUUUCUUUAAAGCACAGCUAGCUGCUUGUUUACAAAGGAUAUUUUUUAUCUAUGUUUUGUACAGUGUAUUAUCAUUUUGCCAAAUUUGUUUUUGCAUUUUGGGUAAGUAAAGGAGUACUUAAGGUUGCUUACAUGUGAUACCUGUUCGUUGUUGUGAACUCUCCCCCAACCAGCUGGUAGAAUUUCUCCCGUGUCCUCUUUGGUCAGUCUCUGUGUGGUUGUAAGACGUGCCCCUUGGUAGUGCUCCCAGCCGUAGACUUACCAGCUUCAGUUUUUAGGAUCUGUGCAAUAAAGUGUUUGCAGUCUUAUUUUCUCUGAGAAAUACCCCCCAUGAAUGUCAUAAUUGUUGUAUAUUGAACAAAUAUUUAUACUUAUGCAGUUGCAUAACAUUGAAUAAAAAUUUAGCAUGAAAGAA